UCGGGUGUGGAGCAAGGAGGAGGAAUCUUUGGUGAGUGAGCUGGUGGCGCGACCGACCGCGUCGACUACCGAGGUAGAAGAAGAACCCAUGCGUCACUUUGGUCCCUCUAGCCUCUAUCUCUUCCCUGCUAAUCACCCCACCGCCGCUACGGUUGGGGCGGUUACCCGUUCGAGGUUGAUGCGCUGCAAAGUUUCUCGGCGACACCCCUCCUUCCCUCCUCUACCCGACUUUCUUUCCUCUUCUGGGCUGGAUUUCACGUAGACUUCGCCGCUUCCGCCCCUGCAAAGUUAAUUUCUUGCUGUAAUCUCGUGCCUUGCUCAAAGUAGAGGGUGGACUUCCGAGCAUUUCCCUUUCCUUCUUCUUCAAACCUUCUGCUUCCCGUAUCCCGGUCAUUUCUCCUUGAUUUCGCAGCCGUUUCCUUUUUUUCAUCGCUGGCAAAGCUGUAUAUAGACGGCCGUGCGUUUAUUUCUCCCCUGAUUGAUUGUCUCCAAAACCCCCCUCUAGCUCUCCCUCGAGCCGGACGCGCUGCUUCCCCUUCUGAACUCCUUCCGAGAUUUUGCUCGUCUUCCUAGGUUUCUUCUCUCCCUCGCGGCCGUGUACGUCUGCAGAGAGUCGGCGCGGAGAGGGGAUGGGGCGUGCCAUGAGAUGGCUCAAGAAGCUCUUGACGGGCACCAAGGAAGGACACGGCGGCGUCAAGCCCGACUGGCACGACGCGGCGGAGAAGGAGACGAGCAGGUGGAGCUUCGUGAAGCAGAGGAAAAGCGGAGCUGACGGCGGGAAGCCGCGGCCUUCGGGGGUGGCUCUCGCCGCCGCGGUCAGGCCGUGCCGUUGCGUCGGUGGAGCGCGCGAGGAGGAGGCCGCCGUCGUGGUUCAGAAGGCCUUCAGAGGCUACCUGGCUAGGAAAGCGCUUCGCGCGCUCAGAUCACUCGUCAAGCUGCAGGCUCUGGUCCGAGGCUACCUCGUGAGGAAACAGGCCGCCACGACUUUGCACAGGCUGCAGGCGCUCAUGCGGCUGCAGGCAGAUUCGUACGCCGUCAAGCGAGCUUCCUAUCGGAGAUCAAUGGAACAAGAGAGGAUCGUCACGGAGGAUGUCCGGACGAAGCCAUCGCCGUCACCGGCGAAGGCAGCGCACCGGCGGAGGCUGUCCGACAGCACGGACUCCAACUACGAGCGCAGCCCGCGGAUCGUGGAGAUGGACACGUGCCACCUCCGCUCCCGGUCCACCCGGAUCGCCAGCGGCCGGUACACGCCCGAUCGCUCGUCGGCCCGCCUCGCCGCGGACCUGGCGCCGCUGUCCGUCAAGCAGCCCCAGCGACUGUCCACCCGGCGGCACCACGAGCGUGAACCCGUCAGGCAAGCCAGGACGGCGCAGAACACGCCCCGAUUCAGCGGCCCCGAACCAGCGUACGCGUACGACUCGCCGGCCAAGAGCGUGGACGGGCUGACGCCGCGGCCGCUCUGGCACCGGGACCUGCUCGCGAGCCCGCGCUACAUGGGGGGCACGGCCUCGUCGGCGGCGAAGACGCGGUGCCAUAGCGCGCCCAGGCAGCCGGCCGAGGCGGCGAGGGCGAGCCUGACGUCCCCAGCAGGGUCGAGGAGGUCGGCGUCCAAGCGUAUGCAGAGCGGUUACCUCUCGGAAGCCACGCUCAAGGGCUACUCCGGUCUCAUCGAGGAGGCGGCCAGGGAUUACUACUUGGACAGGAUGUGGUGACCCAUCAGAUGGAGAGUGUGAA